UCAAGUGCUCUUCACAAAAAAAAACGAUUUUAAAAUUUUGAUGACUUAAUGACAUUUAAUUAUAAAAAUGUAUCCGGAAAAUUGUUUUGUCUGAUUUCUGUGCAUUACUAGAAUGAUGCUAAAAUGGGAUAUUAUAUUUUGAUAUUUGCAUAGAUUGUUUCGACAAAAAUGUAAAAUGGGUGCUGACAACUGCAUUAGGGUAUCAGUGUUUGUGCGGCAUUGGUUUAAUAAUGACUGGACAUUACUACAUUUUAUUGAUCGUGUGUAAUAUCAUGUGAACAAUAGAAUAAACUAUAUAAAUGUUGCCGUAAAAUGAGGUUCCAUAGACGGUGUGGUGACCGAGUGACGCUUUUGCACGAUAAUACAACUGCUGUUCGAAAUUUUGUUGAAUUCAACCACGGCCUGAUAUUGAGCGCGGAGCCAAUUGCAGAUGAUAUUUUAUUCGAAGUCUGCAUUGAUAGAAAGGUCAAUGUGUGGAAUGGCAGCCUUGAAAUUGGUGUUACCACCUUGGAUCCUGAAUAUAUGGAGCUUCCAGCAACAGCCACCAAACUUAGGAAUACAGCCUGGAUAAUGUCUGGAAGUUCCAUAGUGAAAGAUGGAGUAACUUUGAUAAAUUCCUAUGGACCUGAGUUAGAUACCCUUCGGGAAGGUGAUACUCUCGGAGUUAUGAGAUCUUGUAAGGGAGAGUUGAUGUUUUAUAUAAAUGGACGUUGCCUGGGUGCAGCGGCGCGGGAGCUCCCCACGAGACUCUUUGCGGUAAUCGAUCUAUAUGGGCAAUGUGUGCAGGUGUCCAUCAGUCACACAAAUGGAAUGCGAACCAUCAUGGAGAGCAGUUUGGAUCAGAUAGAGGAAGACCCCAACAAUGAUGACACAUUGACUUCAAGUGAAGAUGCAGUACCUGACACUUCACAUCCCAAGGAUGACCAAGAGGUUUAUAUCACAAUGCCAGGAGACGGUGCCUGCGCUAUAGCUGCCCAUGAUCGUUUACGGUUUCAUCCAAGAUGUGGUAUUCUAGUCAAACUAUCCGCAAAUAACAAGAGUGCAGAAAGAGCUCGACCUUUAGAUGACUACAACAAUGGUGUAGUGAUGACACACCGGCCACUGUAUGACAAUGAACUUUUUGAGAUACGGAUAGAUAGACUUGUGGAUAAAUGGAGUGGAAGUAUUGAGGUUGGUGUAACAACUCACAACCCAGCUACAAUUAGAUUUCCAUCUACAAUGACAAAUAUGGACAGUGGGACUAUAAUGAUGUCAGGAUGCAAAGUCUUGCUUAACGGACAUGGCACUUGUAUGGAGUAUGGAAACUUCAACCUUGAUGAGUUGAGGGAGGGUGAUACAGUGGGUAUGAUAAGAAAGUCGAAUGGUAGACUUCACUAUUUUAUAAAUGGCGUCGAUCAAGGUGUGGCCACUGACAAGGUAGAACAACAAGUGUGGGGAGUUGUCGAUCUGUAUGGAAUGACUGUAAAGGUUACUAUUUUGGAUCCGUGUGAAGAUAUUGAUAACAAUGUUGAAAAUAUACCCACCAUAUCUACGGUACCUGUCUUCGACCUGCCUGUACCAAGUAGGUUCAGGCCGAGAAUAGAUGAAGAUAGCCUUUUAUUUCAUACGCUGCGUGAUUCGUAUGUUAUUAUUAUUAACGAUGGUAAGACUGCUCAUAGGCCUAAUGCUUUCGAAUUCUUCGACAACGGCGUAGUGAUGACGAACCGAACGCUGCGUACAAACGAGUUGUUCCAAGUGCGACUCGAUCUGGUCAUCCCCAAGUGGGCUGGAAGCAUUGAAAUAGGAGUCACGCAGCACACUUCAAAUGAUAUUAAAUUACCAUUCAAAUUGAGCACAUCCAAAUCAGGCACUUGGGUCAUGUCUGGUGAAGACGUAAUAAGGGACGCGACAAUAAUCAUACCACAGUAUGUCAGAGAUCUCACCCGACUUGUGGAAGGCGAUACUGUCGGCGUGAUGAGGAAGGAUAUGGGUAUCCUGCACUUCUUCGUGAACGGCGUAGAUCAAGGUCCUGCCGCCUUUAAUAUCCCUGAACACAUGUUUGGAAUCAUAGAUUUGUACGGGCGAGUGGCGCAAGCAACGAUAGUGGACUGCUACUCUCCACCGCCAGCUUACUCUCCAGACUCGCCGUUCUCCACAGAAUCAAACGCAACUAUUUAUCCUGAAAUGUGUUUCCACCGAGUACACGGGCGCAACGCGAGACUGAGUCGUACGCGUUUGACUGCGUCCCGCUCAGCCGUGUACUCCGAGUUCAACGACGCCGUACUAUUCAGCUCGCGCCCUUUAAGGGAGUGUGACAUGUUCGAGCUACGAAUUGAUUCCAUGGUGGAUUGCUGGAUCGGCAGUUUGGAAAUAGGUGUAACGGCUAUUCGACCUGAUGAUCUUGAGGCGAACGGCUUGGCAGGCACUGCGACGGACCUAAACUGGGACACGUAUAUAUUAAGUGGAGCCGCCAUGAUGAAAGAUGGCGAGUGCGUCCGUAGCGGAUAUCCGUUGGAUCUUGACACGCUCACAGUUGGGAGCAGAGUCGGAAUGAUGUGGCACGCAGAUCGCAGUCUGCACUAUUAUCUGGAUGGCAUGGACAUGGGCAAGGCCUGGUAUGUCCCACACCUCAACAUAUACGCAGUUGUUGAUCUUUAUGGUCAAUGUACGCAGGUAACAAUACUCCAAAAUGAAGAAAGAGCAUUUAACUACAAUGGCUGUACUAAUUCCGACAACUCUCUGCUAAGUAACUCGAGGGCUAUGGCCACACCUCCGCCGCCAUACUGGAGUUUCUCUGAAUACUGCGGGGAUAACAUUUGCCUGUUGCACGACUACUCAGUCGCGAGGCGACUCACGCCUGACCCGAUGGCCGCGUUGGUUUUCAGCUCUGCUCACCUCGCCGUUGGGGAAAUAUUCGAGAUAAAGAUAGUUGAAUGCAAAUACGGCUACGCUGGCAGCUUCCGUAUGGGCGUGACGGAUAUCAAUAUCCUGAACGCGCACGUCAACCGCAGCCUGCCGCCCUCUGUCGCCUGCUUGCCACACUAUACCGCUUACAUCGAUGGGAAGUACAUGCGCUACUCCAAGCCGGGGACGAGGCAACAAGAGUUGAAGGUGGUUGUGCCAUCAUUCGAGUGGUUGCGAGCUGGCGACAGAGUGGGUCUUAAGAAGACGGUGGACAACCGAGUGCUGGUGUACUACAACUGCGAACUGCUCGAUACUGCCUUUGAAAAAGUGCCUGAUAAAGUGUAUGUUGUCAUGGAGAUUUUUGGAGCGGUGUAUAAGAUUCAAGCCGUCAAUAGAGGCAACCCGGUUACUGUCUUACCACAAACCAUUCCGAACGACACGGGGCAAAAGGCGGAAGUUGAAGACAUAGUUUGCGAAGUGCAAGCCACGAGCACCGACACACCGGACCUGUCCGCUUCGAUGGUCACCCUCGUGCCCGUCACCGAGCCACGGCGGAGGCGGGCCGCCCUGCCCUACACAUUCCACUACAUACAUGGAGGGAAUAUCAAGCUUUGUAGUUCAGAUACAGUGGCGAUGCGUACGUCAGGAUACCAGGACGCAGUCGCCAUAGUCAGUCAGCCGCUACGCAGAGGACACCGAUUUAGGUUCCGAGUGGACAAGUUGGACGACAGCUGGGAAGGCAGUUUGUCCAUCGGUGGAGUGCCAUGCCUGCCCACGGACUGCGUGCCUGACUGCGCUAUGCGGCUAGACCCACCUGCCUGGAUUCUAUCUAGUGAUUUGCAGUUCAAUGGAACUAAUUUGAUCACUCACAUCGCGGCGGAACUGGAAGAGGUGUCGGAGCAGUCAGUGCUGACGCUGCACUUCCGGUUCAACAGCGAGCUGGUGGUGGACGUAGACGGCGCGGUGCUGGCAGUCAUCGGCUCCGUGCCCAGGACCUACAGCCAUGUUUACCCCCUGGUCGAUCUCUAUGGAAGAGUUUGUCAGGUCUCAGUUUUACUCCAUCCUUACACAGUUGUUACUGGUACAUCACUAGACUUGCCCGUAAUUGCUGAAAAUCGUCGGGAGGAAGAAUCUCUAAUGGAAUUGAAUUUUGAGGACCAAGAUGAAGAUCAGCCAUCAACAGAGCGACUCGAUGCGAAACGACGGCGGAAAACGAAGGCGUACAGCCAAGACAAUCUGAUGGAGAAUUUAGAACCCUUGAUCCCUCAACCCGGCCCAAGUUCAGACUCUAAACCAGUACUCGAUAACGAAACAAGAAACAAAGAAAUCAAAAAUCAACCCCCAUGUCGCACUAUGCACCAUAGUUUAAUUUUGACACAGCCAUCCGAUAAUAAAGAUGUGCCCUACCAGACGGUCCAACGAAGUCGUUCUUCACACGACUUUUGUGGUAUGUCAAAUUCCCUGAUAGUCAGAGAUACGCUUUUACUAAAUUACAGUUCUGGAUGCAAUAACCAUGACCAAAUCCACGAUCAGUUCUGCGACACUAACAUCCGCCACAACGAUCGGUAUCCCGAGGCCAACGACGUGGACAAUUUGGACAAUGAAAUAAUGGACGCGUUGACUUUCGAAAUGGGGAACCUGCCUGAUUUGACCGAGGAGCAAUCUUCGUCAAUAGACGAGUCGACGAGGCGCGACGAUCUGUGCUCGGAGCCCUUAACUGCUGAGAAUUUGAAUUAUCUCAAUGGGAUAUUGUGCUUGGAUCAGGAAGGUGUCGAGGGCCAGAGUUUGGAGGCCGAGUGGGAAGCGUUCGGCGAAGGCUGUGAACAUUUGCAUCUAGUGUUAAAGUAUUGGAAUUAUUUAGUGCUACCGUAUCCGGAAUUGCGCCAAGCAGUGUCGUGGGGUCAAGUGAGGUGCUACUGCAGCAGCUGUCAACCUGAAGCCCAACCUCCCUUAGCAGGGUGGGUGCGCAUCGAGCGGAUCGACGGCGUAGGGGCGGCGUCGCGCGGGUUCUGGCACAUGACGCGCUCGACGCUUGGCGCCGCGCAGGCCGUCAGCGGCGAUGGCGGCGUCGCCAAGCGGCCGCGCUCCCUUCCCUCCUCGCCCUCCACUGCUAUUUCCUUGGGUGAUAUAUGGCUAGAUGAAGAAGGCAAGCCGCAUCAUACUAUACUGGCGAUUGAGAUUGAUAUCGAGGGCAACGAUGCGGAGAAGGAUCGACUUCUAGCAUUUUUAAUCCACAUGAAAUCACAUGCAGUUUUUGUGGAAGAUAAUCCUCUUAGUUUAGAUGAAUAAUGUUUCAUAUUUAUUUAUUUUAAUGAUGAGUGCUAAACAAGUUUCUACUAGGUAUAUUUUUUUGAACUUGAGAAACAUUCCGUGAAUUUGUUUAGAAAUAUUUAUCGGUGGAGAACUAGAGUUUUGUUCCCAGUUUUAAUAUCAAGAAUGCUUUAGAUUUUAUUGAAUUGAUUUCUUUUUUUUAUGAAUUGUAAUUUUGAAAGUUUUCACUAGUCGACAAAUUAAGGUUUUAGUUUAGGACUUAUUGUUUACUGUCUAUUAACCAAUUCAAAAGUAAUAAUGACAAUUAGUCAUAAUUUUUAUCCAUUGACCAGUAUUUUAUCAAUCUAAUUUCUAUGAAGUUUGGACACACAUAUAACUUGUGACAUAUAAAAGUGAGCGAUAUAAUAUUUAUUAUAUCCCAUAGGUCAAAACCAGCUUUGCGUGCAGUUACUAUCGCGUCUUAUGUCUGUUCAAAUCUUUUAUUAAGUCAUUUAAAAUUAUAUGUAUCAAGCCAAUUCCGUAGACGCUUUAAAACACUAACUGUCGAUUUAUCACACAAAUAAACUUUAGAUGCAAAUGCCAUAGUACCAGAUUUUUUUGCAUUAGACAUAUUAGACAACAGGCAAGUCAUUUAUGGGUAAGCCUCUUUGCUUCUGAGAAAAUACCAAGCAACCUGUCAAUCAAUGCAAUACACCAACCAAAUCUGAAUUGAAAAAUUGAAAAAUAAAAAUGUAUUGAUAUAUUGACAUCCAGAGUAAAAAUAAUUAAUCAUGAUUUUCUUAUACAUACACUGGACAGCAAAUAAACCGGGCCAACCGCUACCUUGGAAGUCUGAUUCGAUUUUCUCAAAAAGUAUAAAACUUACAACUAUCAAAAUUGUACCUGCAAAAAGUGCAUUUCAUGAUGAUUAAAAUGAAUGGAAAUUCAUUGCGAUUAAUCAAUUAAUUAAGUGUUUAUUAAGGAUUUUACAAG